UUAAUUUGUACAGGUUUAUAAAGCCCCGAUCAGACUUGGUGAUCAGACGCAGUGAUCAGACUGAACACUGAACAGAUCAGACAGAAGAGCAGACUCCGUUUUGUCACGUGACACUGCAGGGGUGUUUUUCACCUCACCUCCUUUAUCUCUUCCUUUCCUUUAGUUCUUUUUCUCUGUUGUGCUUUUCAAUCUCUACUGACUCAUUAAUAAUGAAGUGUGCUUCUGCUCCACCACCCGUCUGUCUGCCCACCUGUCUGUCUGUCCACCCGUCUCACUGCCCACCUGUCUGUCUGUCCACCCGUCUCACUGCCCACCUGUCUGUCUGUCCACCCGUCUCACUGCCCACCUGUCUGUCUGUCAACCUGUCUCACUGCCUGUCUGUCUGUCCACCUGUCUCACUGCCCACCUGUCUGUCUGUCAACCUGUCUCUCUGUCUGUCCACCCAUCUCUCUGUCCACUUGUUUGUCUGUUCACUUGUCUCACUGCCCACCUGUCUGUCUGUCCAUCCAUCCACCUGUCUCACUGCUCACCUGUCUGUCUGUCCAUCCAUCCACCUGUCUGUUUGUCCAACCUUUCCUCUGUCCACCUGUCUGUCCACCUGUCUGUCCACCUGUCUGUCCACCUGUUUGUCCGUUUUAAACUAUCACAGAGACACAUUUCAAAGCACCAGUCAGAUUUCUGCCAUCUUUAAUUUAUUUUAUAGUAUUUUAAUUAUUGCAUCGUAUUUUUAAAUGAAAUAAGAUUAUAUUUUUCUGAUACAGACAGACAGACAGAUAGAUAGAUAGAUAGAUAGAUAGAUAGAUAGAUAGAUAGAUAGAUAGAUAGAUAGAUAGAUUUGAUAGACAGACAGACAGACACUGGAUUUGUUUUUUUCCACAGUGGAAUGAAACAGUUUUUAUUUUCUGUGAUUUUUUUCACUAAGCUGAACUCUAACAGGAAGUAAAAGUAAAAAUUCUCUUGGAUUUUUCACCACGUUAACACACUUUAACAAACCGCUAAACGUGAUUAACUAGCAUGGCUAAUCUGUCAUUAAUGUGCUGUUAGUGUGUGACCAUGUUCACACACACACACACACAGCAGGUGUCAGACUGGGGUUAAAGGAGCAGCGUAACCGAGGUCACUGAGCCACACUGUCCCACCAAAUGAGGUGGAAAAUGAGGGGCGGAGAGACACACCCCCUCUGUCCGUCCCCUUCUUCACACACACACCGUCACACACACACACUGUCACACACACUGCUCUUUCUGCUGUCUGGUUUGAAUACAGCUGCUGCCACUCAUGAAUUUAGGACGGCACUUAAACAACAUGCCGAUCUGUCACACACACACACACACACACACACACACACACACUUUCCCCCCACUUGACCUGACUUUGUAUUAGUCUUUCACAGAAGUCCAAUCUGCUUUGAGUCACUGAGUGUCUUUAUGCUCUGAAGCUGUUUAAAAGGUUUUAGAAGUAAAUCAGGUUUUAAAAAGUCCUUCACCUCUGGAUUUUUUUCUUCUGUGCUCCAUUUCAGGGGUUCGGUGAAAAAAAAACAGAAAUUCUGAUCUUACGUAUCAGAUCUAAGUCAUCAGACUGACCGGACGUGAGCGGCUUUAUCUUAUUUUCCCGACACGUGUGAUCUGGUUACUGCUAACAGUGUAAAUAUCAGAAAUAUCCAGAAGCCUUACAAAACAAAAACACGCCUGUUUCCAUGGAAACGUUUCCAAAAAAACAUUUCUUUUCCAAAUCCAAUCCGGUUCAUCCUUCAUUACAGGAUCCGAUCUCGGACACACCUUUUUAUCACAUCGAUUCCUUCAUUCUGUUAUGGAGUAAUCCGAGCAGCAGCGUCUCUGACUGAACUCUAGAAUCUGAUUGGUCGGGAGGAGUGGACUUAGUGUUUAUAUACAUACGUAUCUCUCUAAUACCUUAGCGUUGCCAUGGUUACACAGCAGGCGAUUUUAAAACGAUCAGAUGUGCUGAAGUUUUCUGUUUUCCGGUAACGUUUAAGGAAGGAGUCUCCAGUGUCGGUCAGCACUUUGUAACAGUCAGAGGUAAAGCUGCGAGUUUAUCGAUGUCCGAGUUACCAUGGAAACAGGAAGUCGGACCUCGGAAUGAUGUCAUUUCCAAUCUCCAUGUGUUCGAGCUACAAAAACAUGGACGCCUCCACAGCAUAACAGAUCUUUUAGCUAAUCCAUCACCAACCUCUCUCUUUCUCUCUUUUAUUCUCUCUCUAUCUCUCUCACAGUGUCUCUCAUUCUCUUUUUCUAUCUUUCCAACCCUUGGCUGUCUUCUCUCUCUCUCUCUCUCUCUCUCUCUAUCUCUCUCUCACAAUGUCUCUCAUUCUCUUUUUCUAUCUUUCCAACCCUUGGCUGUCUUCUCUCUCUCUCUCUCUCUCUCUCUCUCUCUCUCUCUCUCUCACAGUGUCUCAUUCUCUUUUUCUAUCUUUCCAACCCUUGGCUGUCUUCUCUCUCUCUCUCUCUCUCUCUCUCUCUCUCACAGUGUCUCAUUCUCUUUUUCUAUCUUUCCAACCCUUGGCUGUCUUCUCUCUCUCUCUCUCUUUUACUCUCUGUCUCUCUCUCUCCCCCCCUCUCUUUUUUACUCUCUCUCUCUCUCUCUCUCUCUCUCCUUCCUUUAUUUUAAUAAAACACAUAACCACUCUGACACUGGAGACUCCUUCCGUAACUUCUGAUAAACACUUCUUUCUCCAGCAAUCCUCAGAGAGGUGCUGUUGCUAUAGUGACGCUAUAGCGUGUUAAAUCUGGCGCAUUGCUAGAACAGCCGCGGAAACUCGACAGCACUUUCUCUCGACCAAUCAGAAUCCAGAGCAUUGAUUACUGAAAGAAGUGUAACGUUUAUUAGGAAUAAAUACAGAGAGAGUGAAACGAGACCCAUUAGUGCGAAAACUCUUCUUCUCAGAUUUCUCUCAGAGCGAUACCCCACCUGUAGGAGUGUGUGUGUGUGUGUGUGUGUGUGUGUGUGUGUGUGUGGCAGAAGGCCAGGCUCUGGUGUCUGACACUGAUUUGUAAAGGAGACAAUGCGGCUCAUUGAGACUCGGAGCUCCACUGUCUGUUACACACACCUCGGCCGUCCCUCUCUGCUGCAGACCAGGCUCUUUAAACAGGACACCAGAUUGCCCCGGGGCUGCUGGGAGGGGCCCAGUGUGUGUGUGUGUGUGUGUGUGUGUGUGUGUGUGUGUGUGUGUGUGUGUGUUGUAAUGGGAUACUUGUUGCUUUGACAAUGAGAUUCCACCGUAAAAGGGGGCGAGACACAAGGUGGCACGUGAGCGACUUUUUUCUUUUUCUUUUCUGAAACAAAAACAAAAGUCUCACACACACACACACACACACACACACACACACACACUCCUGUACGGUGACAAUAGUCUCGUUCCCCGAUCUGCUGCAUUGUUCGCUCACGUCACCCAGAUCCCUUUCCAUCUGUUGCUUUGUUUUGUUAAAGCUGUAAACUUUCUGUAAUGAUGAAUUAUUUACAGCUCCCAUCUUCUUCUCAUCCACUGAUUUACAAACAUCUGCGUUUCUCAGGAGGUUCCACGCCUCGCCCCGACACGUCCUGCACCCGGAGAUGCUCUGCCUCCUCAGAGAACUCUCAAACAUUCCCCUAAAGCAAAUCAAAGUGUUUCCCGUUCAGAACCCAGAACCAGUCAGAACCCUUCAUUAAUUCCACUACCUGUGAUCAGAUCACAUAGGGUUCCUCGAGAAGAAUAACUGAAGAACCCUUCAGAGAUCUGCGCUUGAUGAGCUUUGUAUCUUUUGCUCAGAUGUUUAAAUCUCUUAGUUGGAUUCUUAGAAAGGUGAAGGAUUCUGGAAUGGUUCUCAAACGGGUUCUUAGAGAACCCUCUUAAUCAUCCAUUAGAGUGCUAGCCCUUAGAGUGCUUACAGGAACCAUUUUUCUGCACACAGCACGCUAGAUUUUAACCAACCGACAAUCAAACAAGGCUUCUACGGUUCCUAAGGGUUCUUUUGAAGGGUUCUUAACUUCAAACAUUCCGUUGUAAAUCCUUUAGAACCAUGUAGGAACGUUUGCUUUCACAGCAUGUUCUUGGAUUUAAUCUCCACGUGUAUAGACGACGUUUGUAUAAAAUUCAGAAAGGUUCUGUGUAGAACCAUGAAGACCAUGAGAGUCCAUUCAAGAACCUUUUUUUUUUUUAAAAGAUUUUUCCAAAUUAUGUACGUGUUAAGGCAAGAUGUUAAAUAUAUAUAUAUAUAUAUAUAUAUAUAUACGAUCUAGAACCCUGAACGGUUCUUUAGGUGUUCCUCUGGGGGAACCGUUCCAACAGAUCAUUCCUGGUACAAUCCUAGAACACUGUAAUGAGCAGAAUGUAUUAAUGUUUGGAUUUAAUCUCUGUCUGUACGGACUAGACAUGUUUUAAAGUUCUUUGUAGAACCCUGCACACACCUUUUCCCAAAAAGAAAGGGUUCCAUAUCAAGAGGAAGAAGAACAUGUUGGAUGCUAGGCACCAUUAAUUAGCAAACGAACCCCUGAAGAACCCUUUUUAUAAGUGAGCGUGAGUGUAUAGACUCCAUUUAGAACCCCUGAGUUGUUCUUCUUACAGAACCCUAACAGCAGCACCAGAGUGUUUCUGUAUCCGAGAGGAGAACCCUGUGUUCCUUCAGUGCACUCUUUCAGAUCUCGAUCCUACACACCUGACACGUCCUGGUUUUUAAAAAGAAAAUGAAGAACCCAGGGUUCCUUAAAAGUUCCAAAAGAAUAAAGAGCAAACCGUUGCUAUAGAAACGCAGAUGAUGUGACACAUCAUCACUGCUGAGGGAGAAAAUAAUCACAAUAAAUAUAUAUAUAUUUUAAAGUCUUCUUCUUUUUCUCUUUCUAACAUCCUUAAAAAGUUUUUCUAAAAGGUGUAUCCUCGGGUUCUUUUAACAUUCUCACUUUCCAUAAUUGUCAAGGAUUUAUUUACGGAUUCAUGGAUAAAGAUUUCUCCUUUCCCCCGAUGGUCUAGCAGACCGCUGCUUCUUUCCAGAUGAAUAAAACCCGUGCCUGUGAUGAAAUAUUCAUGUGUAACCUGCAGCCAUUUUGUUCUCCGUGUCAACAAACAGUGUCUCGUGUCAUUAUUCAUUCCCAUUGUCAGAGUUUGGUGAUGACCUCCCUGUUUCUCCUGCUUUUCUUCUCUCAGUGUCAGUGACAAGCUGUUGCCCGGUCCCUCUGCGCCACUCCCUCCCUCUAUCCCUCUCUCCCUCUCUCUCCAUCCCCUCUCUCUCUCUCUCUCUCUCUCUCUCUCUCUCUCCUCUCCACCUGUUGAUGUUAUUGUUAUUCCCAUGGCAUUGUGCCUUCUCUCUCUCCCUCCACGCCUCCUUCUCUCCUCCCUGAGGGUAUAUAAAGAGAGAGAGAGUUCACACACACUUCACGUCACACACACACACACUUCAGUGCUGCAGACUCAGCAGAGAUGUCCGUCUCUCUCUGGUGUGAAGAGGAAUCGGCGAGAUGCGGGACGUCGGUCCGAGCAUCGUUCGACCCCAACGCGUCGGGGCUGAGGGUCAUUGAGAGGCUGCUGCAGUCGGAGGAGAGAUACGUCCCGUCUGCGCUCUACAUCUCCCUCGUCCAGAGAGAACCCAAACGCAGGGAGGAACUCGCCAAGUGGACCCUCGAGGUGUGUUGUGAUUGCGGAUGUGACGAAGCCGUGUUUCCUCUCGCCGUGUCUCUGCUGGAUCGUUACCUGUCCUCCACACUGUCUCUGCCCGUCUCUCCCACCUGCCUCGCCGCCGCCUGCGUCCUCGUGGCGUCCAAACUGACGGAGAGCGAGAUGGUCACGGCGCAUGCGCUGUGCGCUUCAGCCGACUACCAGUUCCUCUCGUCAGACCUGCGCGAAAUGGAGCGUGUGGUGUUGGGAACGCUGCGCUGGGACGUAGCCGGAGUCACGCCUCAGGACUUCAUCCCUCACUUCCUGUGGUGUUUGGAGGAGCUGAUGGGGGACAGCGAGGACGCCACCCACUUCGUCUCCACGCUCCGACGUCAUGGGGACACGCUGGCCGCCAUGUGCGUGUGCGACUCUCGCUUCCUGGGAGCUCGGCCGUCUCUGGUGGCCGCCGCCGCCCUCAACUCCGCUGUCAGGGGUCUGGAGGCCAAGAGGAGGCGGGAGAUGAGUCACAUGACCUGCACGCUGGCUACACUGUGUCGCAGUGACCCGGCCGUGCUGCAGUGUUACAGCGAGCUGAUAGACGACGCUCUCAGAGAACGACUGAGGAACAGCCGAGAGCGGGGCGACGGGGUGGACGAGAAGGACGGAGGGAUGGAGGACAAGAGAUCGAGCACGCCGACUGACCUGAGAGAAAUAGACUUUUAAAACGAAACGUAAAGCCAAAUCAGCUAGCGCACAUCCACGCUCCUCCUUCUUCCAUCAUCAGUUAAACUGAUAUAAACGCUGCAACAAAAUGUUUUUCUAAUAAUUUUAUUUAUUUAAUUGAAUUAUUAUUCUUAUUUAUUUCCUUCUUUAUUCCAGGUGUUUAUCGUGAUUUGCUCUUUUUGUAUUGCGUGCAAUUUUUUUCUUACGUCGAAUUUCUACCUAACGUUAUGUAUCGUUAAUUUAUUCAUUAUCUUUAUUCAUUAUUUAUUGUGUGAUAACAUUUUAAUUUAUUCAAUAAUUUUUUUACUCUGUAUGACAAAGUGUUUGAUGAAAUUAAAAAUAUAUUUUUAAAGUAAUGAAAAUAAUAUUUAAGAAACAUUCAGCUGUAGUCUGUGGUUGUAUAAGUUUGUACAAAGUUUUGCAGUUUAUCUUCAAAACGGAAUAAAAUUAAAUGAAUUGUUUUGCAUGAAUUGUGUUAAUGUUUUAAGAAGUCUGAACCUGUAAAUGGGAUUUUUAUACAUUUUAAUUUAAUUGUAAAAAAGAAAGAAAGAAUUAGGAUUUUUUUUUUAAAGCUAACAAUUGCUAUUAAACAAACGGAACCGCUAUGUUGCCUGGGGAACAGCGCGUGCAACCAAUCAGAUGCCACCGUCUCAUCCGGGCAUUUCACGCGUAUAAACUUCACCUAGAUAGUAGAUUUAAAGUAAUAAAAAUAAUUAUUAUAUUAUAUAUUAUAUUUAUAUAUUUUAAAUAUUUCCAAAACACAAAAAAAUUCAGGUGAUAUAGCUUGCUAGUAUCGAAUAUAAAAUAUUUAUUUAUUUAUUUU